AUGAAGACUUCUCUGUUCUUGCUAAGCGCGAUUGGCGCUCAGGCCUGCCAGCGGGAGCGUGCUUUUGUGCACCACAGCCACCCACAUGUCAAGAGGCAAACCUCAAAUGCCACCUUCCCACCUGCUCUGGAUCCCAAUGAACAGAUUCUGCUCAACUCAUUCGACAACACCUCCAUCGCAGAAUGCCUAGUCGUCUUCCUCAACUACCCGGUUUCAAACUCCCUGCUCCUCACAUAUCCCAAUGGCAGCACAUACAAGCCAACUUUGAAAGAGGACAUUCUUGAAGAGGAUCCGACCACCAGCUAUCCCAACAGUGUCCCAACCUUCCAUGGCUACUCUUUCAGCGGCAACGCAUCUGCAGAAUACGUCUACGUUGGCCGAGGCCAGCAAGUUGACUUCCAGCGACUACUUGCAUUGGGUGUAGAUCUGAAAGGCAAGAUCGCGCUUGCAAAGUACGGCGGUCCCUUCCGUGGACUCAAGGUUAAGAACGCGCAAGACCAUGGCAUGAUUGGAACUGUCAUCUUCUCAGACCCCGGCGACGAUGGCAAUAUGACCGAAGCCAAAGGAGUCGCUGCCUACCCCAACGGACCUGCAAGGAAUCCUACGACUGUUCAGCGUGGAAGUGUUCAGUUCUUGUCGACAUACCCAGGAGACCCUACUACACCCGGCUAUGUUUCCAAACCUGAUUCCGAGCGGGCUGAUCGCACCAACAUCACGCCUCAGAUCCCUUCCCUGCCAAUCUCAUGGAUCGAGGCCCAACCUCUCCUGAAGGCACUGAAUGGAUUUGGCACCAACGGCACGGCGGUAAACAGGACCGGCUGGGUCGGUGCCAUCCCGGGCGUAACCUACAGCACCGGAGCCGGCUCAGGCGCCACCCUCUCUAUGAGCAAUUUGAUGAACGACACCUACGGCACCAUCUGGAAUGCCGUCGGUGUCAUCAAUGGUACCGCCCAAGACGAAGUCAUCAUCGUCGGUAAUCACCGCGACGCCUGGAUCGUUGGCGGCGCCGCAGACCCCAACUCUGGGUCCGCCGUGCUCAUCGAGCUCGCGAAAGCCUUCGGCAAGCUCACUGCCACGGGCUGGAAACCAGCUCGCACCAUCGUUUUGUGCAGCUGGGACGCAGAGGAGUAUGGCCUUGUUGGCAGCACGGAGUGGAUGGAAGAAUACAUUCCUUGGCUCAAAAAUGCCGCCGUGUCGUAUUUGAACAUUGAUGUUGCGGUUGCUGGACCAAUUCCGGAUAUUUCUGCAACACCGGAUCUGCACAGCAUUGGCACGAGCUUAAUGAAGAAAAUCACCUACCCGUACCGCGGCGCUUCGGAUCUGACGCUAUACGACGUUUGGAUGCAUGAGAGUGGCGGUGAGGUUGGUGUCUUGGGCAGCGGAAGCGACUACACCGCUUUUCUACAUCGCGGUAUCGCUGCUAUUGAUAUGGGAAGUGGCGGAGGCCCCAUGGACCCCGUCUAUCCAUACCAUUCCAAUUACGACAGCUAUGCGUGGAUGGAACGGUUUGGUGAUCCAGGAUUCCAUACACACAAGGCCAUGGGACAGUACCUGACGCUACUGCUCUACCACAUGGUCAACGAUGCGGUUGUACCGCUCGAGCCAUCAGGCUAUGUAUCCGAGUUCAAGAAGUACUUUGAGGACUUGGAGACCACUGUCGGAUCAUCAAACUACACGAUCGAUCUCUCGCCCCUAACCGCUGCAAUUUCGAGCUUCUCAGCAUCAGCAAGCGAAUUCGAAGCUCUGCGAUCCCAGGCUUUGGCUACGAAUGACACUGCCCUCCUGACUGUCCAAAACCACAAAGCCCGCGAUUUCUCGCGCGGUUUCACGUCGCAGGGCGGUCUGCCGACGAGAGAGUUCUAUCGGCAUACCAUCUUCGCUCCGGGUCGUGACACGGGAUAUGCCCCGGUAACGUUCCCUGGCAUCACAGAGAGCAUCACGUUUGAUAAGAAUCAAACAUUGGCGCAGAGUUGGGUGAAGAAGACGGCUGACGCGAUCCUAGUCGCGGCGAGCGUGUUGAAGACGUAA